AUGACAGACACUGAAGAUAAGAAAGGAGAUGAAGGCCAAACAGAGCCAGUGUAUGGAGGAUGUGAAGGUCCAAAUGCUACCUAUGUGAAGCUGAUUUCCAGUGAUGAACAUGAAUUUAUAAUCAACAGGGAUUAUGCCCUGACUUCAGGCACAAUCAAGGCCAUGUUGAGUGGUCCAGGUAAGACUCUUAAAAAAACUAAGUGAUCAUACUCUGAAGAGCUGUCAUUAGGGGCUGGAGACCGGGGAUUUCUCCUGGCUGCUAAACCCUAACCCUACUAGAAUCAUGACCCCUGGCUUUUUUCGGAGGAAACAAUGGGAAAAUGGAGCAAAAAGAACUUCCUAGCUCUUUAAUUUCCUUCCUUCUAGUGCAUAUACCUGACAACUUGAAAUCUUAGUGACAGCUGUUUAGUCUGACUCUUACCUUUAACUUUUUAUGAUAGAAGCUGGUCAUUAUUGUCAAUAACCAUUAAAUGCUUACAAAUGAAAUGAUCAUGACUUGUAAUAGAUUGUUUUUCAAUGUACAAAUCAUCUGCAAAUUAGACUCAUUAAGUACGCAUCCCAUAAGUGAAACAGAGAAAAAAUCCACAGGUUAAAGUGCUGUGAGUUAAUUUCCGUUUUGCUUGCCUCCUGCAACAUGCAGGUUAGUUUUGGAGCAAGUGCAUUAAAAAUGAAGCAAAUUAAUAAGAUCCUCCGUCUUUUGAAAAGCAAUCAUGGUUCAGAAUGCAGGCCUCGAAAAUUUUUUGUCUUACUUGCAGGUCAGUUUCAUGAGAAUGAAACCAAUGAAGUUUACUUCAGGGAAAUUCCGUAAGUACUUCAUAAUCUUAUUCAAAUUUCUCUUCUUUUCUCUUUUGCUCACAUAGACUCUGGCAUAUGUUGGAACUUUGAUUAAACUGAGGGUAAAGGGACUGGCAAAAUGUGUUUGCCAAAACAAGGAUUCAUUGUAGGCUCUUUCCUUAUAAUAAAAAAAAUCUCUAUCACUGGGGCAAUGAAUAUUGUUCAUUAUACCAGCCAAGGACUUUGUUAUACAGUGUAUAGAGGUUCGUUGUAUCAAGGUUUCAAUGCAUGUAACUACAGGUGUAAAUGUAGCUGCUAUGAAAUAGAGGGCAGCUGCAGAAGUUCAAGAGUCUGUAUUCACAGGGGUCCCAAACUCACUACAUGAACGCUUGUUGAAAACAAAUACACUGCAGUGUUCUCCCUACCAGGCGAUAACCAGUAAAAUUUACCACCUGAAGCAACACUUCUUACCGCCUGCAACCUCUUGAAGGUUUACUAAAAAAAUAAUUUGUUUUAAAAAAUAGGCAAGUUGUGAUCUGAUCUGAUUCUCAAAAGAAAGUGAAUUAAUAUAUGGAAAAUUACGAAAGUAUACACAGCUUUUCUUUUUAUGGGCCAUGCAUUUUGGAAAGAGAACGUUGAUGUGAGAGUAAAAUUAUUGGAAUCGAACGUUUUAAAUUGUUGCCUAAAGAUAACAAUGGUCGAUUUGCAUAAAAUAGGUCUUGAAGUGAGGAAAUGAUGUCCCUCACUUCGCUACCCCUCCAACCCCCAGGGGCCCUUUUUUUGCCUUACAGGCCAUGAAUGUUCCCUUACCCAGUUAGCUAAAAUUUACAGAGAACACUGCACUGGCAUAUACAUGUACAGUGUAUUGCAUAAUGAAGCACUUUUAGGGUUUAUAUGGGAUUAGUUUCAUUUGGAAAAAAUUCAAUUCAUUGUAACUUAUUUGUGUGGAAAUGAAGUACAGUGGAACCUGGUUAGUACAGACACCAAGGGGACAUGCCAUGGUAUCCUUAUUACCUGGGUGUCUGUAUUAAGCAGUCUCUCAAGAAAAAACUUCACAGACACAUGUUGUAUUGAUAUAAAGACUAAAGCAGACAAAGAGGAAGAGGGGUAGGAACAAUGACAGACUGUCCAAACAACCCGAUUUCGUUGGGAUUACCCCGAUUUUGAUUGAAAAUCCCGAAUCUUGACCAACAUGUGAUCAGUAUAGGAAAAAUCCUGAUUUUUACAUCCAUUCUGAUAUUUUUGUACAAUUGUCAUAAGUUACAAUAGAGUACACUUCACUCUGAUAUUCUGAAAAAAUGAAAAACGGCAAGAAAUAAAAUAAAAUCGAGUAUUGUUUUGGCAAUGCGAUCGCCAGGGUUUGUAGUUGUGUCCACCAUCGCUUGACAGUUAUGGCUUAGUAGCCCUUCCUACAUGCUUGGUAGCCAUUCCUACUUUUUGGUGUAGAGUACAUGAAGUACCGUUUAGAACGGUACUUCGCUUCUUCAGAGUUGCUUUCUUUCUUUCAGUGUGAAAACAAUUCCCAGCGUUUUACUUAUGGCCCCUGCCACAAGUCCUGCUGAUAGCCAAGAAUAAUAAGAAAACCAAUCCAGUUUAAUGCAUGUUUAGGUGGCUCGACCCAGUAUUUUUAUAGGCACACCCUCCAUCUUUGAAUCUUCUAUACCUAAACAAAUCGAUCUAUACUGUAAAACAAUUAUGACCCAUGGACUACACUUAGACUAAAAUUUAUUAUGGUAUUAUUUUUUGGUUGAUUGGAAUAAUGUCACGUGGCAAUGACGUCACAAUGGUUUUGCUCUAAAUUGAAUUUCAGCCCUGUUCGGCAUUAAAUUCUUUUGAAAUGCUUUAAGCUUCAUAUUCUUUGGAUAAAAUGUCUUCAGCUGUGCAAUGUUUCACAAAAGUCUAUAAGAGGAAUUUCGAGAUAUCCCGGAAUUUCUAUAAAGAGUAUAAAUUAUGCAUGCACUGAAGACUGGAGUUACUUUUUGGAUGUUUCUGAAAAGGUUUUAUCACUCAUUCGUUAUACACUCUAGAAGCUGCUGAACGUAAGUACACUUGUGCGAUUUCAAACACAUGAAUGCAUAUGAAUCAGGGUAAAAUGCAAUGCUGAGUUCUUUUUGUAAUAUCUAAGGCUACUUUCAUGGAAACAGCAAUUAAAACAAAAUUCGUUGAUAGAUUUUUUCAGACUGUUUUAGUACAUUAUUGGUCAGUGUAUUAUUAAAUCACUGAAUUUCAUGUCAAUUGAAAACUUCUAAAAACCUAUAAAAAUGCUGGGUCAAGACACCUUAAGGGUAAACAAUCUUAAAACUAACAAUCAAUUUACCACACAUUUUUGACAGAAAUUGUCAUCCCAGAAUGCUAGAAAUGGUGUUUCCGAGCCUUAAAAUUUCAAAAGUUUCUGGGGAAGCAUGCCCCGAGACACCCCCAGCACCUCUUGCUUUCGGCGCACAAAAAUUUCUCCCUAUUUUUCAUAGCCCGAAGUUUGGACAGUCUGCAGGAACAGCCACAAAAAGGCAGGAAAUGCAGGGUACUUUUUUAUGGAAAUUAUCCCGGCCAGUUUAAAUAGAGUAUUCAUGUGCUGACACUGAAUAAAAGAGCCAAGAUGUAAUGAUGUCUGUGUUCUGUCAAACACUCUAAUUUUUGCUCCAGAAUGCUGGAACUGCAUUACAAGAGGCCCAAAUUUCAAAAUUUUUCCAGGAGCUCACAAGUCGCACCUUGGCUAUGAGUUUUUUCAUUCUCCACUUACUCCAAAGCUUUUGCCACCUACUACUUACUUAAAAUCUUAUUGAAAACCCUGAAAUGAAACUUGGCCACAGUACAAGGGUCCAACACAGAAAGAAAGAUAUAAUGAGAUCAGAUUAAUAUAUUUUGUACUAGAUCAAUAAUUUUGUACCAGUUUAAAAAUAAUUGUACCAGUACAAGACAAUUUGUAGCAUGAGCAAAAUUGAACUACAACAUAUGCAGGUGUCCAUAUGAAGUGGGUGUCUGUAGAGUGGGCUUCCACUGUACAUAAUACAGAGGACACUUACAAAAUGCAUGAGAAAACUAACAAACUUCUUCAUACAACUCCUUGUUGCAGAUCGCAUGUGCUUGCCAAAGUCUGUACUUAUUUUAUGUACAAAGUGCGAUAUACCAAUAGCAGCACAGAGAUCCCAGAAUUCCCCAUUGCUCCAGAGAUCGCCUUGGAGUUGUUAAUGGCAGCAAAUUUCCUGGAUUGCUAAAGGUUAACUGCAGUGUGCAUUAGUGUAAUAGCGGACAUUAUGUUGCAUUUGUUCGAGUUCAAUCUUUUUGUACUUUGGUAUGUUAAGUUAAGGUUGUCAAACUUUGAUAAAGAUAUUUUGCCUAAAGUUAAAAUAACUUAUGUCAUCUCUCAAGAAUGUAUCAACAACCACAGUUCUGUUGCCUGUUGCACACUUUGUACAGUUACAUUACUGUUGUGAGGUAUAUAAAAUUCACUCUUUUCAUUUCCACAGCAAAAGAACUUUCUAAGAAUGUUACAGUGAGAAUUUUUUCAAAUUAAUUUUUUAAGAGUUGGAAGUAAAUAGCCAAUGUAAUAAAAAUGCCAUGAUAAUAAUGAUAAUAAUCUUUAAUAUAGUAGCAAGUGUUGAGUUAAAAAAGAUUUUCUGUAUUAAAUACUGUCUUUAUUUCAACAUCAAAUCAAUCUAAAACCAACAAAGGUAAUAACUGUUUUGUAAGAGUUACUUUAUACUUAAAGGUUUAGAA